AUGGAAGAAGACAAAGCAAUUCCAAGUCCAGCUUCUAAAGCUUUCAUCAAUCAUCUAGCGAAAUACGCUUAUUCCUCUAACUCCAACUCCACCUCUCCCAGUAAACUCGCUGGGCCAUCUAGAUCGGUAUCACCAUCGAAGGCGAAAGUACCGGUGGUGGAGAUACCUGCCUCUCCAAGGAAGAGAAGGAGCCUACCCUUGGCACCUGUCAGACAGAAAGGACGAAGAUCGAUAGAGCGCAAAGAUGAAAGUGACAGUGAAUAUGAAGAACCCGCCAUAACGCCCAUCAAGAAGAAGCGGGGCCGAGACUCGGACGAGAUUGGGACAGUGGAAGUGAAAGGCAAAGGCAAAGGAAAGAAACCUAGAGGAUAUGCACCGCCAGAAUUGUAUGAGCAUUUGAGACCUGUCAAUGAUCUGUUGAGGGAUGAUUUGGAUAGAAAGAAGUCAUCUACUAUGGGACAUCAUUUCUCACACCCAACCAAUAAGUUCUGGAGAUCGCUACAUCAAUCAGGUCUGACACCUAGGCUACUCGAUCCAACGGAGGAUCACCUUAUGCCUGAAUAUGGAUAUGGACUAACUAAUCUUGUCGACCGACCAACCUCCGAGCAAUCUGAACUCUCAACUUUGGAAAUGCGUCUAAACGUAUACAACCUUACAGCCAAAUUCCUUAAAUAUAAACCCAAAAUAGUCUGUUUUGUGGGUAAGAAGAUAUGGGAUGUCUAUGAGAGCGUAAUCAAGAAGACUGCUAUCCGGUCUAUCGGUCAGAAGAUGACAUCAGAAAAGGGCUUAGGGACUCGAGCGCAAGUGAAGGUCGAAGAAGAGGAUUUGAUAUCGAGUGACAUAAAUAAGAUAACAUCCUCUCGACGAGUAAAGCUGGAGUCAACGGACGAUCCAGAUCAGGAUUCCUCUCUUUCGCCUGCUCCUGAACCAGAAGCAACAGUGAAAGUUGAAGAGCCAGGUUCCGAAAGACUAGUGAAGAUCGAGACAGAUGAAUUGAACCACUCGGUACAUUCCGCAUCAACAUCUGGGAAAUUCUCCAAGAGACGGAUGUCCAAGAUAAUUGUAGAAGCAUUCGACGCUACCAAACCACGUAUAUUCAGAUUACCCCAUCAUUCGAUCGGGAACGAAGAUGAGGUGGAAGGGUACACUUAUUUCUGGGUGGUUCCGAAUACAUCAGGAUUGGAGAGAACUCAGUUACCUGAACAAAUCAUCAAUUUCACCGCUCUCAAGACGUUCCUCGGAAGAAUCCAAUCCCAAGCCGAAUUACAAGAAGGCGAAUGGAUAGAUAUCGAUCCUGCUGGGGUGGAAUAUACUGUCGAGGAGAUGAAAAGAAUCGCUCUGAGUAAGAAAGCAUGA